AUGAGGGUGUACUCUAUCUUUUGUAGUUUAAAGGUCCUGAAGAGACGAGAGGUUUGCAUGUCCGCGUUCUGGAGAUAUCUUCCAUUCUCUGUUUUGGGGAGCAAGUACCUUAGGUCCCGAAGAGACGAGAGGUUUGCAUGUCCGCGUUCCGGAAAUAUCUUCCAUUUUCUGUUUUGGGGAGCAAGUACCUUAGUGUUGUUUGAAGGUCCCGAAGAGACGAGAGGUCCUGAAGAGAUGAGAGGUUUGCGUGUCCGCGUUCCAGAGAUAUGUUGCAUUUUCUGUUUUGGGGACUUGAGCCAGCUUUGGGUCAGCUAA